UUUUUUUAGCGUUGUUAUCCUGUCAUAUUGCUUCUGUAUAACCAGGAGCUCGUGAGCGGCAUGAAUGGAGCCGCUUGAUUACCAUUUAACGUUAAAUGAGGACCAGACUCAUGUUUCGUCGUCACUAGGAGGUGUUGGAGUGUCACAGGAAGUGGAGCCGCUAACUCGAGUUGUCAACUAAUGCGGUGAACCUGCUAGUAAAAAGCGUCUUUAUAGCGUUAACGUGACAGUAAUUAGAUGUAAGAAAUGUGUUUGACAGCUCGUUACUGCACUGCACCUCAAAUAAGAGGCCAUCGGUGACAAUGCAGUUCCUGGGCCGGCUGUUGGACACAGUGUCCUCUGUGUCGACUCUGUUCACCAACCCCUACCGGGUCAGGGAUGUGCCGCUGUCGGACUACGCUGGAGGAGGCAAAGUCAUCCUGAAACAGGAGGGACGGAUGGUCCUGUACAAAAACACGCAGUGCCAGUCGUGGGACUGUCUGCUUAUGUGUCCUGAGAUGCCUACUGUGACUCUGAGGCUCUUUCAGGUGUCAUCAGAGGAGGACGCCAUGAACUGGUUUCCCCAGUACACCCUCAAGCUCCGCCCCUUUUAUGAGACGUUUCCUCUGAAGGCUGAGACUGCCCAGCCAAUCGUGGACUGCAUCCGCAGCCACCCGGACUGGAGUUCCGCCCACAUUGCCGUGGAAACGGGCCUGAGGCAGUGUCUCAAACAUAACUAUGUCCAGAGUCAGAUCAACGCUCGGGAUGCGUCGGGGAAGACGCCGCUGCACCUGGCGUGUGAGCGUGGUGACUCGGUGUGUGUGAAGGAGCUGUUGGAGGAAAGUCAGGCUCGCACAGACAUCAAAGACCGCAACGGAGAGACGUCCAUGCAUGUCGCCGCCAAACAGGAGACUUCUGCCAUCAUCCAGGUCAUGUGCUCACGGUUGUGCUUGGGGGUGAACGAGCUGAACAACGACGGGGAGACGCCACUCCACGUGGCCUGCCGUCUGGGACGCACGGAGUCCGUCAAAGCUCUGCUGGGGGGAGGGGCCAAAUGUGAUGUCAUUGGAGGAGCUGGCUACCCCAUCCACGCUGCUAUGAAGUACAGCGAGAAAGGCUGCGUGGAGGAGAUCCUCAAAGCGGACUCAGGCCAGCUCCAGGCUGAGGACUCUUUGUAUGGAGGGACGCCUCUGCACUGGGCCAAAACUGCUGAGAUGUGUCGCAUGCUGCUGGAACAUGGCUGUGCAGUCAACUACCUCAGCAAGACCGGAGAGAGCCCCCUCCAUAUUCUGACCAAGAAGGGCCGCUUUGAGGCGGCCAUGGUGCUGCUCACCCACGGAGCGAACGCCAACCUGAAGGGCCAGGAUGGAAACACGGCCCUGCACCUCGCUAUGAAGAUGGAUCACAUGGAGUUGAUCAAAGCUCUGAUUGUUUUUGGCGCUGAUGUGGAGAUCCACAACGACCUGGGAGAAACACCUGGACUCAUCGCGGCUCGGACCAGCAAAGGUCCCAAUAGAAAGAUUCUGCUGGACAUGCUGUGUAGUGUAGGGGUCCAGCGGUGCCUCCCACCCUCACCCGGCAGUCCUCCCCCCAUCUCCAGACCUGCAGGCAUAGGGUUUGAAGACUUCAUGUAUGUGGGAGCUGCAGUCGGUGCAAUGAGCAGAGGCACGUCUGAGGUGGACGGUCCCAAAAUGGAGAAACAGAAGAUGGACAGACUUCUGUGCCUGGAUGGCGGAGGUAUUAAAGGCCUGGUGUUGAUCCAGAUGUUGAUCGCUCUGGAGAGAGAGGCCGGUCGGCCCACCAGAGAGCUUUUCGAUUGGGUGGCUGGCACCAGCACAGGGGGCAUCCUGGCCCUCGCUAUCAUCCAUGGUAAGUCCAUGGAGUAUCUGCGCUGCCUGUACUUUAGGAUGAAGGAGCAGGUGUUCAAAGGGUCACGGCCUUAUGAAUCAGCUCCACUGGAAGACUUCCUGAAGAAAGAGUUUGGAGAGAACACCAAGAUGACGGAUGUCCUACACCCCAGGGUGAUGGUGACCAGUGUUCUAGCAGACAGACAUCCGGGCGAGCUGCACAUCUUCAGGAACUACAACCCUCCGUCCGUCCACCGAGAGCCCCCGUAUGCCACCGCCGCCACGUUCAAGCCGCUGACCGUCCCACAAGGAUGGGAGGAUGAGGAUGUGUUGAUAGUAGGAUACACAGAGGAGCCACCCAGAAAGCGUAGGAAGGUGACAGAUGAAGAACAACUUGUGUGGCGAGCUGCCCGCUCCAGCGGUGCUGCCCCCACUUACUUUCGACCAAUGGGCCGCUUUCUGGAUGGAGGGCUGCUGGCCAAUAACCCAACGCUAGACGCCAUGUCGGAAAUCCAUCAGCACAAUAAAGCCUUAAAAGCAGAGGGCCGCGGGAAGGAGACCAAGAAGUUGGGUGUAGUGGUCUCCCUUGGUACAGGUAAACCACCUCAGGUGGUGGUGAGCUCUGUGGAUGUUUUCCGACCCUCCAAUCCUCUGGAACUGGCCAAGAGCUUCGUAGGAGCCAAAGAGUUGGGCAAGAUGCUGGUGGAUUGCUGUACGGACUCUGAUGGCUGUGCAGUGGACAGAGCCAGAGCCUGGUGUGAAAUGAUUGACACCAUUUACUGCAGACUGAGCCCCCAGUUGUCACAGGAGGUAAUGCUGGAUGAGGUUAGCGAUGCAGUCCUGGUGAACAUGCUGUGGGAAACCCAGAUGUACCUGUAUGAGAAAAGACAAAGCCUCCAGUCUCUGGCACAGCUGUUAUUGGACAACUGAAAGCGCAGGAACAUCACAAGGGACUGCGAGGGCUGGGUCGAUGAAGAAUACGGGAGCAAAGCGGAGUACAGUGAGUCGAGUCGAGAUUAGCGAGGCGUGUCUCUGAUUCAGGACUGACGUCUGUACUGGUGUGCUUUUUCUUUAAGACAAACAUGCGUGCAUGAACACAACGACGUUCACGCUCAAGCUGAAAUGUCAGAACGCUGUAGCAAAUGUGUCAAACGAGACAGACAGCGAGAGCUGACGGAAAAACAACUGACUUAACGUAGCCUGUUGAAAGGCAACUUAUGUAGCAUCAUGUGACCUCGUCAUUAACCUCAACACUGUCAUGCUUCAUUAUGUCAACUCUAUAAAAACCGGUGAAGGCGAAUGGAGAGUCAUCCAUUCCUUGGUAUGUGAAUACAAGGGAAAUGUAGGAGGAAGUGGCAUCAACCAACUUAAAUAAGCACAAACUGACGCUGUGACUGACACUGCCAGCUUACUGUCGAUUUCUCAGUCUCCAUUGUGUUGGAUAAUAAAUGUUUCCAAAAUGAA